AUUUAUGGAGCCAACCUAUUAGAAAUACAGGCAAAAAUGAAACUAAGUGAGCAACAACUGGCAUCUCUCUCAAGUCCAAAGGCUGUGAACCAAUAUCUUGAGCAUCAGAAGGAAAAUAUAACAAAUUUGAUAAAACAGAAUCUGGCAGUGGGUGAUAUAUAUAGGCGUGAAAAUCUGCAGUUUGCUACCGAGGAUCUCGUCAAAGAGGUUGAGAAUUCCAUUGCUGAAUUCAAACGUCAAAAUCAAGAAUAUGAUGAGGAACGGGUGAAGGAUCAGGUUUGCAUCAUACUUCCUUGUUUAUUUACUGUUGUUUAUUGUUUUGGCUGCUUCAUCGGUUCAUGUAUAUAUGUAGAACUACAGAUAUCUUGA